GUCCUUACGUCUGCCGUCCUCUCAGGUAGCAGUCUGGGAAGUGAGAUAUCUAGCAUCUGUCUCAGCAAGUUACAGUGGCAGUGUUAUUACGCUUUGAAGAACGAAACCGACAACUCAGGUAGGUCCUCUUCCUCAUCCCGGCUAUCUUUUUAAACGGUCGGUGUGCUGCUAUUGAGGUCUGUAUCUAUGGUGACGUGAUGGAGAUUUGGUUGCUAACAGUGCCUAGCAACAGAGGGGCUCGUUUGCAGGGUAACGUUAACGAUAAACAUUGAGCAGCUCUCACUGACCAAAGAGGCUAACAUAAAAUGUGUAAAAAUAUGGCUUUGAGAAACUUUUUAUUGUAACAAACUAGAUACCAAUACAAUUUUGAAUUUAAAAAUAUAUUAAGCUUGGUAACUGGAAGUUUUUUUGUGACAUUAAUGUUAUUUCGUGGUGAUCUUUGAAUCAUGUCUCUCAAUGCAUCGGUGAAAGAGGCGUUAAAGUCUGAAAUAAAUGUUGUCCUAUCUUAAUAAUAACCACAAAAGACCUAAUGUUUAAACAAAAUAUGGGUUUAUGGUGUAACAUAACAAACUUUGGCAGGUAUAGUAAAAUCAUACAUCUUAAUAAAUGUAAAUAUAGGGACAGUGAUUUUGGAUACGUCGUUUUCAGACUCGCCAUUAAUGUCUUUUUAGAAAAACACUGUCAUUGAAUCCAUUGUUUUGAUUACCACAGAAAUGAGCUCCCAAAUCCGACAAAACUUCCACCAGGACUGCGAGGCAGCCAUCAACAGACAGAUAAACCUGGAACUCUAUGCUUCUUAUGUUUAUCUCUCAAUGGUGAGAAAAAACACUGUGCAUCUUUGUAGUGCAUAGCUUUUAGGUGUUAAAUGUAUGCCCCAUAAUGUUCUCUGUAUUUUUGUUUAGGCCUACUACUUCGAUAGGGAUGACAAAUUCCUGCCACAUUUUUCAAAGUUCUUUCAAGCACAGUCUAAAGAGGAGCGGGGGCAUGCAGAGAAACUCAUGGAUCUACAGAACAAGCGAGGAGGACGAAUUUUUCUGCAGGACAUCAGGGUAUGAAAUUACAUAUUUAUCCAGUUAAUAAUCUACAUUGUGAUUAGAAUAUUCAUUUUACCACACUAUUCCACUAUACAAGUUACAACUUUCAUAAAGGCCUUUAAAUUGUCAGUUGGAGUGCAAAGUAAAGAUGUAGUUAUUCAUGUGUAGGUUAUUUUUGGAAAAUUGGAAUAACAAUGGUUUUAAAUUGUUGUGAAUUAUUAAUGUCUGUCUCAGAAACCUGAUCGUGAUGACUGGGGCAGCGGCCUAGAGGCUUUGGAGUGUGCCUUGCAGCUUGAGAAAAGUGUAAACCAAUCCCUGCUGGACCUGCAGAAAAUGGCAACAGAACACAACGAUCCUCAUGUAAGCAGCAGACAAAAAGCCAGCACACUGAGAUACAGCCUAAAUCUUCUAUACAUGUUAGACACUCUGUUGUCCUCCACUCAAAUCAAGCUUUGGAUAAAAAUAUUCUUUUACCAUAAAACACACUAAAAGGCUGGUUUAUGAUAGAAUCCAGGCCUUGAGAGGGGAAAAACAGACAUGUAAAAUGACUGAUAAAAAGUCAAAAGGAAAACUUUGAGUGUGGCUAGAAGCAUCUGUUGCCACAGCUUUGUGGGCAACAAACAUAUCAAGCCAAUGUUUGCACAAAUUCUCCUUAAACUACAGGAACUAUGGCAAGUAAAGAGUACAUGCUGUUUCUGAUCUCAAAAAUGAGCUUUUACUGAAACAUGCUGUGUCUGUUUGCACGUGCAUGCCUGAUGUCUGACUAAUAAAAAAAGAAUUGUUCUUUUUUUUCCAGAUGUGUGACUUCAUAGAAACACAUUUCCUGGAUGAACAAGUCAAAUCCAUUAAACAGCUUGCAGACUGGAUAUCCAGCUUGAACCGCAUGGGGGCCCCUCAGAAUGGCAUGGCUGAGUACCUGUUUGACAAACACACUGUGGCUGAAGAAGGCAGUUAAACUAAGCUACGACACUGAUAACCCUCCUGGUUCCAGCAGUAUACCCCUUCGCCUCUGACACAUCCUGCUUAUGAUACAGAUAACACUGUUUUAUUUAUUCCUGUGAGCUCUCUUUUUACACACACACGUUUUGAAAUACACAGAUGGCUCUCAGAAGCAAUAAGUGCACCUGUUAGUUCACUUUUCUUUCCAGAUCACAGUCUGGGCAUGUUCGUAAAAACUGAGCCAUAAUAGCUUUUUAAUGCCACAUGUGUGAUCAUAUAACAUUGUAUUUUAUUGACUCAUUCAUUGUAAGAAAUGCAAGGUGGCCAUGUGCCACAAAUUCAUGUCAAAAUGUUGUUUUAAGCAAUAAAUGAAAUGACCACCAAUCAGUUACCCAUUAACUUACUAUUACCUAUGACAGUGCAGUCCACAUCUUAGGAACUUUGAUUGUAUUUGUCUCCUUUUAUUAUUUCCCACUUUCUUCCUCAAUGUUUUAAACAACUCACUCUCAUAUAUUAGUCCUUCAAACUGAUAGAGAGGACAAUACUUACCAAUACCAUCCAAACCUACAAGUUUUAAACAAAUAACUAUAAUAAUUCAUUAAAUGACUGUAUGAUUUGUGAUUACAUUUAACUGUGAAUUUGAGGUAAAGUACAUAUACAGUUUGCCUGUACAACAAAAUAAAGUCAGAUGGUUAAAAGACAUAUAUUUUAACUUCCUUUUUUUAUUGGAAAAAAGCUGAAAAAUGACCAAAGGAACAACAUGAUACUUGAUAUUUAUUAAUGAUGAAAUCAAAGUGCUAAAUAAAGAACACACCACUUGCCUUCUUGCUGAAUAUCAGAGGAAGCUGUUAAGUAUAUUUAAGUUUUCCUCUACAUGCGCUGAGUUAAUUACAUAUGGUGCUUUUGAAUCAUAAGUAGGUUAAGUGUUCAGUAAGAGCAUACCAGGAAGUAGAGAUUAACUUAGAUACCUUUAGUCUGCAUACUGCUACAAAAAACUGAAAUGCAUUCCGAUUGUGACAAUGAUUAGUAUGUGUUUGGUUACGAAUAUUUCAAAUACCAUACAAGGUACAAACACAGUCAGUUACACCCUCUUUGCUUAGUCCUGCUCCCUCCCUCCAGCCGCCUUGUUCCCCCCACCAUCCGCCAGAACGCCCAGAAGGUCUCCUUCAGCCAGUGAGAUUCCCGAGUCAUUGGGUGAGUGCUGCUGAUUGGUUUCUUGUUGUGAUGAUGCUGAAGUGGGAACUGUGUUCAUGUUAUUGCUCAAUCCCCCGUUGGCGCCCCCAUUGCUUGUCCUCAUGUUGGCGCUAAAGUUACCAUGGUUACUAAAAUUACUGUGACUUGUAUUGUUGCAGAGACUUCCUGUUGUGCCAGCGCCGUUGGUGCUAGUUGCAUUAAUACUGCUAGAGCUGUUGUUGGGAUUAUUAGGAUUUGCUGCUGCUGUGCGAGACGGUGGAGUGAACGAGAACACCCUUUCUCCUCCACUUCCUGUUGCCCUUGCACUUAGGGGUCCUUGUUGACUAUCAACUGAGGGAAGGGGGUCCAGAGUAAGGCGGGGAGGUAGAGGGCGGCGAGACAGCAGGCCAUGUCCAGGUCUUACUUUUGAAAUUGGGCAGAGUUCAGGUGGGGGGUCUGGAAAGGAGAAGGCAGGAGCACUUGGGGCUCCACCAUCCUCACUGAGCCAGGGGAAUGCAGAGGAUGGAGGUGGGGGGAUGUGGUUUGGGGUGUCUGGAGGAAGCAUCUGUGAUGCCACCAUUGGAUGAGCAAGGGAGGUGCAGCUUCGGUCACACUCGUUCUGAGGUCGGCGGGCAGGUCGGGGACGGGGCACAGCAGGGGGGACACAAUGAAUAGGUGUUUGUGGGCAGCUGUAGAAACCAGGUCUCUCAUAUAAGGGAAUGUUAGAGAAGGCGUAGUCUGCAUCUUGGUUCAAAGGCUGGCGAGCUUGACUCUGAGCUGAGAGUGCUUCUGGGUGUAAGAACAGAGGAAAGCGGCUUAACGGAGCUCCAGGGCGGCGACGCAGCAGAGAGACCCUUGAAGAGCGAGGAAAGUUAGGAGAAUGGACACCAAGAAGACGACCCAGACCCCCAAGCAGUGGGGUGGAGUAGUUGGCCUCCUCAUUUUCUUUGAUUUGCUCCAGAUUUGACUGGAACUCCAUCUCCUCCUUGGGAACACUAGUUUGGAUGAAGGGAAUAGUUGUUAUAUGGUUAAAGUACAAAAUGAAUGUCUGCUACAGAAAGAUAAAAAGAACAUGACUGAACCUUAUAUCCAGGGCUGAGCCCAUGAAGGAAGGUUUGCGGUGUUCAGCACUGGCAGCAGUGUAGGGAGGCUGAGGUUCAGACUCAUUCCAGUACAUAUCCCUUUCCACCAGCGGAAGACUGUCAUACAUUUCAUCCACAGACAACAAGGACACCUGGGAGAUAACAAGAACCCAAGAAAAUGAAACGCAACAGCCUCAAACCACAUUUGAUUAAAUAUGGCGAGAGAGUUAAGUUUAAAUCUAAACCUGUAGAUUGCGAUCGACAAGCCAGUUGGUUUCAAAGUCAUCGUCAUCCUCACCAAAAGGAUUUAUGAGCUGCUCAGCCACCUAAGACCAUGAGUGAAAAAAGUGAUUCAGCUCAGAAAUGGACAAAUGAAUAUCAAGUAAACAAUUUCUCUCACAGUAUCAGCUUCAACAUCAUCACCAAUCUGUUGUUCCUAACCUUCAGCCAACCAACAUAAAAGAAGAACUGUAACAGGGUGAAAACAGGCAGGUAGAAGUCCACAUCAUGACCGGGGUAACCCUGAGUGGGGUCCAAGAACUGUCGACCAAUCAGACAGGCCAGAAAGAAGCUGUAAACAGCCACCGUCACCACCUACUUAAAAAAAUAUUAAAAAUAAAUACGUCAAGUCUGGCAGCGUUUGAUACUACCUUUGAGAGAAAAUUCAUUUCUCUAGAAUUUGUAUUGCUUUUGCCAAUUUCAUCAUGUUUGACAAGAUCAGAUUGCUAGUUUUGAUGAAUCGUGAAUGAUUUUAAAGUUCAUGAUUAUUGUUAUACCGCUCAAAAUCGUAUUCUUUAGGCCAUCUGUAUUUCUUAUAUCAGCACAGCAUUUUGAUUGUUAGUAGUGUUAACCCUUUUUCUUUUUUUUGACUAUUAAUUUCAGAUUAAUCACUGCAUUGAGCUAAUUAAUCACUUUGGUCUUUAAGCAAGUCAUCAACUUUGGUUUCAGCACAGUGUCUCAACAAAACCUGAGUAUAGACAAGAGGCAGGCUGAUCCAGUCAUAGCCGUACAGCUUCAUACACUUUGCACGUAAACUAUUCAACUCCUGAACAGAGAAAGAAAAGCAAGACAGGCAAAACUAGUUUGAACAAUGUUUCACUGCAUACAUAUUGCAAAAAUUUAGGAGAUAUGUAGAAUCUUGCAUAUUGAACCUACAGUGAGAAUGGCGGUGAGUGCCACAUCGUUGUUUAUGCGACCUUCAGUUCGAGCCCUCAGAGUCAAACUGACAAACCACAUGCAGGGAACCCAGAACUUGUUGUGGGGAGAAGGCAAGUCCUCCAAGCUUCUCAGCUCCUCUGAGGUCAUCAAACCUUAGAAACAUGGUAUAGAAAUGGAAGAAAGCCAUAAGAGAUAAGAGAUAGACAGCAAAGACCAAAAGUCCCACUUUUUACAGUUUAUUCAAGACCUUUAAAUCACACGAAUGCAACAAGCACGGUUGGCUGGAGUGGUGCUAAUGUGGCACCAACAAUUGUGAGACUGGAUGGUUCCAUUGACCAGAACCUUACCUGCCUGCACCAGAUGCUCCAUUGUGGGAAACCUCUUGUAGACAGCGGUGCUGACAGAGCGGUAGAUGAGAACACCUGAGAGGUUGGCGUAACGCAUUAGGGUUCGUCGGGUCAACCUGGAGGGCUCAUCAGUUCCACGAACAUGACCACCCACUAAUGAAGCCAACCGGUCCGGCCAGGGGAAGUUCUCAAACUGGCCCCACCAACGGGAUACAACCAAGGUGACAUAGAAACCUGUUAAACAAUUAACAAAUAAGGAAUUGAAUAAAAACCUCCUAAGAUGGAUUCCAGAAAAAUGGACUUACUUUAGGAGUUGAGCAGCGGCCAAUACUUACCCAGCACAAACGACACAGGGAUGAGUUCAGCGUAGCGAUCACAGUAUAGAGACAGCUUCUCAAACAGCCUUCUUUGGUCAUCAUGUAACACAAACCUGGUGGAGAAAACAUCGGCUGAGUUGAUUGCGAUCAAAAUACAACUAGCUUUAAUUUCAUAUAAUGGGCUUGGAUGUAUUGAGACAAGUAAUAACUUCCCAGCUUGUGGUUGUCAUGUAAAAAGUGUCUUGUUGAUAGGGGUUCUUUUGAAUAAUGUAACCACUCUCAGUGCGUCAAGUUUAUGUAGAAAUAAUCCAAUGUCCCAGUAAAGAGGGAAUCACGCAAACACGUUUCAUGUAAAAUCUGCUUCUCGAGCUCUAAACAUAGAAUGAGUCACUUAAAAUAUGUCUUAUUAUCUCAGUCAAAUGUUAGUGAUACUUAACAGAUAACAUUUCAAUCCACUGUAAAAUGUCCAUCAGCCUAAAACAUCAAGUAUGUGUGUCACACCACAUUCACCAUUGUCAGAGGAUGGUAUUAAAGAUGACUGAUUCAUUCUGUUACUAUACCUAUAAACAAUACUGAAGAAGUAGUAGAGAAGAGUGAAGAUUAUGAGCUCCCUGUAGAGAAGUUUGUAGAUGCUGCCCUUCCACCGCAGAAGCAGAUGGAAGAAGGUCCCCAGACCUGCAUCAGCAACCCUGCGAGAGUAGGUUACUGUCAUGGCUGCUCGCUUGCCAUUGUUCACUGACUGUGGCCUGACAUGAAGGAAAACCGCAGGGCGUUUUUCUCUGAGUCCUCUUAACUCAGCAUCAGAGAUCAACUUGGAUUUUAUCAGCCAACGUGUUCACAUACCUAAUUAAACAAAACAAAAUGACAGGUUUAGGUGGUUCUCGGCUUUCAAUCCAUGCAUGCCAAUCCUAUUUGUAAUCCCACACAAAGUCAACUCAGCACUUUCCAGCUUUUCCUGAACACCAAAAUAAACAUUCAAAAUCUAAAAUUCCCCCAUCUUUAAAAUUGCCCACCUCAUCUUUGCAGGGUUAAAGAAGAAAAAUCAACACAAGAGGUUGACACUAACAGCGCACAUACAAGGCUAUGAAGUCGUGGUUACUUACUGCACACUCAGGAAAAUCGUGGUGUUGUGGCCGCUGUGGCUGGAGAUGUGUAGACAGUGUUCAACAAAAAGGAAGUAGUGAAGAAAAGAGAGAGAGAGUAAGGGAGUCCUACACCACCAGUCACUUGAUGUGUUAAUCUGUUUCUUUAACAAAGCUGCAUUGUGAGGCCCGGUCCUGUUAAUCUGAAUAAAUCUGAGGACAGCAGAGCACCAACCCUGCACACAAAUAGGUUGGGCUUGUGCUGAGUAUUGUGUUCACAUUUUUUUAAAUAUGACUCUGAUGCAACCAUUUGUGGCUCAAUUUAUGUCCAGUGACCUGUAAAGUUUGGUCAUAAGUCUUUAGAUUUUGUUGAAAUAAAAAAAUUAUUCAUUAUUAUCCCUUUAAGGAAUCACUGGAUAUUCAGCCAUCAGAAACUCUAGAUCAGGCGGCGCUGUUUUACACCCCUCUGUUGGAAAAAAUGUGCAUAGCUUAGCUCUAACUGGCCAGAAGGUGUUAGCUAUUAACCCUUCCUUUCUAACCAGGAGACCAACAACAGGGCAAAGUGCUGACAACCUGCUUCAUACCAUUAAACCCAUUUUCAAAAAGCAGUUUUACUCAUUUUCAUGCACUAAGGAUGAGUUUAUUUACGCUUAGGUGAGUACAUUCUUUACAGUUUUUCCCCCUUUCCCCCUUGAUACUGUUUCAGAAAGUUGUGUUUGCAUUUCAUUUCUCAAACUAUUUCUUUUGUCAUGACAGACAAAGAAAGGAGUGUGACUUUAUUAAUAUAUUGUUAAAACAUUGUCAGGUCCAGUAACUACUGAAAAACUUUGCCUGUGGUUUGCUUUGUGAAACUUUAAUGCACAACUGAGUUUUCAUGUGAUUUUAAGGUGUAGUGUAACCCUUUUCUCUGCACCCACAGGACACCAGGAUCCUUGUGAACCACCAAAAGCACUGAACCGUCUAACAUCAGUGGAGACAUCAAGUGGUUUCUAAUCAAUCUGUGAGAGAGUCAUGGAUGCUUUUGAGGGGAUCCAUAGCGUCCAGAUUUCCUCUUCUCCUCUGUCUUCGACAAAGGCAAAUCCAGGAUAUGAAGUCCUUAGAACUGGGAGAUCUGGAAUAGCGGUUUAUUCCUCAGCAGUAUUUUAUGGUACACCUGAGGACAAGGGGCGGCCUGCUUCAAGACAAAAGUCCAGCAGGGACGUAGAGACAGAAGGCUGUGUAGUUGGACGGUAAGAAUCAGAACCUAAUGGUUCACAUGACCACAACAGAUUUGUUUGAUCUCACCCAUGUGGUGUAUACGUAAGGGAUUUGAUCAUUAAAAAGAGUUAUCCUGUUGCUUUUGCCACUAGAUGGAGAGGUAUUAGUUUAUAAUGUACAAGUAUCAAUGAAAUUCUUAAUAG